AAAGGGUGACAGAGUGAAUUUUACAGCUACUAUAAGCUAAAACUAUACAUUUACAUUGACAAUGACGCAGCAGAUGAGCAGUGGGUCUCCUUUUCUCAAGCCCUUUUUUUUGAAGACUCCAGUCAGUGUGGUGAGUUCGCUGAGGCAGAGGAGGCACACGCUACCAGCCAGCGAAUUCAGGAACCUCACUCCACAAGAUGCCAUCAGUGUGUUUGAGAUCGAAAGAGAAGCUUUUGUGUCUGUUUCUGGAGAGUGUCCUCUCACUCUGGAUGAGGUGCUCAGUUUUCUGGGGCAGUGUCCUGAGUUGUCUCUGGGAUGGUUUGAGGAGGGACAGCUAGUGGCUUUCAUCAUUGGCUCAGGCUGGGACAAAGAAAGACUCUCACAAGAGGCCAUGACGGUGCACGUGGCGGAUACGCCCACAGUCCAUAUCCACGUGCUCUCGGUCCAUCGUCACUGUCGGCAGCAGGGCAAAGGCUCCGUGCUGCUGUGGCGCUACCUGCAGUACCUGCGCUGUGUCCCAGGCAUCCGCAGAGCUCUGCUGAUCUGUGAAGACUUCCUGGUCCCCUUCUACCUCAAAGCAGGCUUCAAGGAAAAAGGGUCCUCUGCCAUCACAGUGUCCAACAUGCACUUCCAGGAGAUGGAGUACUCGCUUGGAGGACAGGCAUACACGAGGAGGAACAGCGGCUGCUAGUCUCACCAACCAGAGGAAAACCUAUUUUGAUGAUGCAAAAGGACUGACAGAUGAUGAUGAUGAUGAUGAUACCGUCAAUCCAAGUCCAAAAUAAAUCGAAAAAUGGGUUAACUUAAAAUUGUAUAGCUGCCAACUUCCUAUUUAUCUAAUGUUUCUUGUCAUAACGUGUAUGCUGUUGGAUACAGCUGUCUCUAGAAAUCUUUUUUAUUUUUGUAAAUCUACAUAAAAUAAUAUAUAACAAUUUAUCUUAUAUUAUGAAGUUAAUCUGUAAGAAAUAUACUGGAAUUAAGAUACAGAAGUGAAAAAACACAAGUCAAGGUAUUUGUUGAUAUUUGUAAGUUACCAUGUUGUGCUCAAAGUUGAUUAUGGAAUAGGUGGUCAUAAUUUAACCUGUAAGCACUUACCUGUGCUCAAACAUAUACAGAUGUAUUAUACACCUUUCAGUGCAGUGACAG